CCUCCUUCCCUUUCACUCUCAAUUUUUACGCUUCACUUUAGCAGCUAUUUACCCCUUCCAACUGUUUAACGUGUUCGCCAAUCCACCACUUUUGUUCCACUCCCCUCGCAGCGUCUUAACUACACUGGGUGAUGUUCGGCUGUGUAGUCAGUCGUACCUGGAUGUGCUUGGAAACAUUGCAGGUCAGCUGAAGAUUGGGAGUCCCGUGUAGUGGACGCGAAGGCGCCAAUCCGAAUUCCGUUCUAGUUUGAAACCCUCCCAAAUUGCGAAGACAUGAAUUCAGCGUUGGUAUCUUGUGGUAUAGAGCUACCGAAAGCCUUUUUAGGAGCAAAGGUUGUAUCAAAUGGUGGAUCUCAUCCAAAUAACACUUGUUCCGAUACAACCAAGCUUUUUAACUCAACUAGAAAUUAUCCCAGAAUCUCCUGUUCCGAUGACCGUGGCAGCCGUUUGCGUUUAGCAGCCAUAGCUGCUGAUAAAGAGACAAAGGUAGGACAAUUGGAUCAGGAGUUGCGUAGUGAAUCUGGACAUGACGCUGUGAAUGGAUCAGUUAACGGAGCAGUCAACGGAGCGACCAACGGAGCAACCAAUGGAGCAAUUAAGAGACGUGAGACCAUAAUUGAGGAGCCUGAAAGCAUUUCACCAUAUGAUUCCUCGGUGCCUCUUCGACCAAGAAGUAUUCUUAACUACAUGAAUGAGGUUAAAUACUUCCUCACUGACGAUGGCGGUCCGCCUCGGUGGUUCUCCCCUAUUGUUCCUCCCCCGCCAGCUGAUGCACCGACCCUUUUCUUCCUACCGGGCAUGGAUGGCACGGGCCUAGGUCUCAUCAUGCACUAUGAAUCACUCGGCAGGUUGUUUAAUAUGCAAUGCCUUCACAUUCCAGUCCGAGAUCGAACACCUUUUGCAGGUCUUCUAAAGAUUGCUGAGGAAGCCGUGUUGGCUGAACACAAGCAUCGGCCGAAGUCACCCAUAUACCUUCUAGGUGACUCCCUUGGUGGUACUUUAGCGUUAGCUCUCGCAGCACGGAAUCCGAAGCUAGAUUUGGUCUUGAUUGUUGCCAAUCCAGCUACAUCGUUUGACAGGUCCCAGUUGCAACCCCACUUCCCUCUGUUGCAAGUAACGCCGUCGGAGUUGUAUGGUGUUGUUCCCUACCUCUUGAGUUUCAUCAUGGGUGACCCGAUUAAAAUGGCGGAAGCCCAAGUGAAGCAAGACGCUUCUCCUGUAGAUAGAGCACUGCAGAUGCGUGAAUCACUCCUGUCGUUAUUACCCACACUGCCGACUCUGGCAGAUGUGGUCCCAAAAGACUCACUUGUAUGGAAGUUGGAGCUGCUCCAUUCGGCGGCGCUGUACGCUAAUUCUCGGCUUCACGCUGUACGAGCCCAAGUCUUGGUACUAGCUAGUGGGAAUGAUCAAAUGCUGCCGAGCGCGGACGAAGCUGAAAGACUGAGGAAGAUAUUGCCGAAUUGCCGAACCAGAUAUUUCAAAGAGAGUGGCCACACACUUUUGCUGGAAGGUGGACUUAAUCUAGCAUCAGUGAUAAAGGGCGCUGGCAUAUACCGUCGCGGCCGAAAUAUAGACUACGUUACAGAUUUCGUUAUUCCAACUCAAGCUGAAUUUGAUGACGCUUACAAUAAAUAUGCCAAGUUAAUCUGGCAGGCGACUAGUCCUGUGUUUUUCUCCACCAAAGAUACUGGUAAAGUGGAACAGAAUCUCUCAAACGUACCCAAUGAUCGACCAGUACUUUUUGUAGGAAACCACAUGUACAUGGGAUUAGACUUGAGUUUAAUCAUCUAUCAGAUGUUCAAGGAAAGGGGCAUCAUGAUUCGUGGACUAGCUCAUCCUAUGUUGUUCGAAACCAAAAUGGAAGAAGACUUGCAGGAAGGCACCAUGCCCGACUUAUUUCGCGAAUUCGGAGCAGUACCCGUGUCCGGAAAUUCGAUGUUUAAGCUAUUGAAGAAAGGCUACUCUACACUGCUGUAUCCCGGAGGUGCGCGCGAGGCCCUGCACCGUAAGGGCGAGACUCACAAGAUUUUUUGGCCUAAGAGAUCAGAGUUUGUCAGAAUGGCGGCAAGGUUUGGGGUUACUAUCGUUCCUGUAUCGACUGUCGGGGAGGAUGACUUGCUCGAUAUUAUUCUGGAUCUGGACGAUUUGAGGAGAAUCCCAACUUUUGAAGAAAGAUUUGUAUAUCCCAUAACAAAUAUCAGGGGAGAUCUCAAUGAGGACGUAGGAGACCAGUCGCUUCACUUACCGUUCGCGGCCCCCAAGCUCACGCCAGGAAGACUGUAUAUUAAGUUUGGCAAACCCAUUGUCACGGCAGGGAGGGAGAAGGAGCUGCAACCAGACCGAGCCCAGGCCCAAGCUAUAUAUAAACAAGUCGAGAGCGCUGUAGAGGAAGGAUUAGAGUACCUGCAGUGGAAGCGACAAGAGGACCCGUACCGAGAAUUCGUCCCACGGUUUCUGUAUGAACAACGUGCCGGAGGAAACAAGCAAGCUCCGACAUUCAAGCCAUGAAGAAUCCAAGCUUCCUCCUUUUUAAUUUUGUUCUACUAAUUUUUGUUUUAGUUGAAACCAUUCUAUGGAAUUCCAUCUGAUUCAAUCACAGGUAUAUGUUAAGUAUACAGAUACGAGUGUUUUCAUUGCAGGAUGCAUAUAUCUGCAAAAGUCGGCAAGAUAUUGCACGUGGGUAGCUUCACCUUUGAUGAAAAUUAUCCAUUUAUUGAUCAUAGGAAUUAGACAAUUGUACACCAGUCGUUACUUUUUGUUUAUUGCAAUAGGACAGAAGGAAAAACAAUAAAAAUUAGGAAGGAAGACUCAGUGCCAGUUCCGUUCUAUUGUGAUUUAGGAGCAUGGUUGAAUUACGUGUAAUAUAUCUGAUUCAUUGCAUUUUGCAGUACUUGAAAUAAUUAACUGUAACAUGAAAGUUA